AUGAAUUUCAGACAGGUAAGUUGAUUGAUAUCAGAAAGUAAACUGGAGAUAAUUAUGUAAAUUACUUAUAUGAACAUGCAUUAUGACCCCAAUAUGAUGUUUAUUUGGUAGUAAUAUGGACAAAUAGGAUUAGAUUGAUGCAUUAUCAAACUUUAACUUUAGAUCCAUUCCAUGUUUAAUUAAUGUUACAUUUCUCAGCAUGAAAAAAGACAUGACAGUUGUGUUUUCUUUGUUCAGAAAUAACUGUAGUUAGUGAGGUUAUAUUUCGUAUGUAAAAAUGACGUUGAAAAUAUACACUGAGUGUACAAAACAUUAGGAACACCUUCCUAAUUUUGAGUUGCACCCCCUUUUGCCCUCAGAACAGCCUCAAUUUGUUCAGGGCAUGGACUCUACAAGGUGUCGAAAGCGUUCCCCAGGGACGCUGGCCCAUGUUGACUCCAAUACUUCCCACAGUUCUGUCAAGUUGGCUGGAUGUCCUUUGGGUAGUGGACCAUUCUUAAAAUUAAUACACAUGGGAAACUUAAUGUAGUUAUGUAGUGUUGUGAUGUAGUGUUGUGAUGUAGUGUUGUGAUUUAGGUGUGAUGUUGUGUUAGUGUAGUGAUGUUGAGUAUGUGUGUAGUGAUUAGUGCAUGAUGUGGGGAUGUAUUUGUGAUGUAGUGUAUGUAUGUAGUGAUUGUGAGUAUUGUAUUGUAUGUAGUAUGAUAUGUAGUUUGUAGUAUUAUGAUAAUGUUGAUGUUAUAAUGUAUUAGUGUGUAUGUAAUGUAGUGAUGUUAGUGUGUAAUGUAGUUUUGUUUGUGUUUAGUAUUUGUGUAGUGAUGUAUGAUUUGUGUGGUGAUGUAACUGUGUGAUGUAAUUAAUUAGUUGUAUUGUCGAUUGUAGUGUGUAUGUAGUAGUGGUAGUGAUUGUGCAGUGAUAGUGUGUGAUGUAGUGUAUGUUUAUGUAGUGUGUAGUGAUGUAGUGUAGUGAUGUAUGUAGUGAUGUAAGUAGUAGUAGUGAUGUAUGUAGUAAUGUAGUGUGUAGGUAGUGAUGUAAUGUGUUUUAGUGUAGUGAUUAGUGCAGUGAUGUAGUGUAGUGAUGUAAUGUAGUUAUGUAGUGUAGUGAUUUAGUGUAGUGAUGUAAUGUAGUGAUGUAGUGUAGUGAUGUAAUGUAGUUAUGUAGUGUAGUGAUUUAGUGCAGUGAUGUAGUCCAAUGAUGUAGUGUAGUGAUGUAGUGAUGUAGUGUAGUGAUGUAAUGUAGUGAUGUAGUUAGUAUGUAGUGAUGUAGUGUAGUGAUGUAAUGUAGUUAUGUAGUGUAGUGAUUUAGUGUAGUGAUGUAGUGUAGUGAUGUAAUGUAGUUAUGUAGUGUAGUGAUUUAGUGUAGUGAUGUAAUGUAGUAAUGUAGUGAUGUAAUGUAGUGUAGUGAUGUAAUGUAUAGUGUAGUGAUGUAAUGUAGUUAUGUAGUGAUAUAAUGUAGUUAUGUAGUGAUGUAAUGUAGUGAUGUAAUGUAGUGAUGUAAUGUAGUAAUGUAAUGUAGUGAUGUAGUGUUGUGAUGUAGUGUUGUGAUGUAGUGUUGUGAUGUCUUGAUAUAGUGAUGUAGUGUAGUAAUGUAGUGAUGUAGUGUAGUGUUGUAGUGUAGUGUUGUGAUGUCUUGAUAUAGUGAUGUAGUGAUGUAGUGUAGUGAUGUAGUGUAGUGAUGUAGUGUAGUGUUGUGAUGUCUUGAUAUAGUGAUGUAGUGAUGUAGUGUAGUGAUGUAAUGUAGUGUAGUGAUGUAGUGUAGUGAUGUAAUGUAGAGAUGUACUCUGUAGUGUUGUGAUGUAGUGAUAUUGUGUAGUGAUGUAGUGUCAUGAUGUAGUGUCGUGAUGUAGUGUCGUGAAGUGAUGUCUUGAUAUAUUGAUGUAGCGUAGUGUCGUGAUGUAGUGUCAUGAUGUAGUGAUAUUGUGUAGUGAUGUACUAUAGUGAUGUAGUGUAGUGAUGUAGUGAUGUACUCUGCAGUGUAGGGAUGUAGUGUAGUGAUGUAGUGAUAUUGUGUAGUGAUGUACUAUAGUGAUGUAAUGUAGUUAUGUAAUGAUGUACUCUGUAGUGUAGUGAUGUAGUGUAGUGAUGUAGUGAUGUAGUGAUAUUGUGUAGUGAUGUAGUGUUGUAAUGUAGUGUUGUAGUGUAGUGAUGUAGUGAUGUACUCUGUAGGUGUAGUGAUGUAGUGUAGUGAUGUAGUUGAUAUGUGUAGUGAUGUACUGUAGUGACGUAGUGUAGUGUGUAGUCUAGUGAUUUUGUUGUAGUGUAGUGAUGUAGUGUAGUGAUGUAGAGAUAUUGUGUAGUGAUGUACUGUAGUGAUGUAGUGUAGUGAUGUAGUGUAGUAGUGAUGUAGUGAUUUGUGUAGUGAUGUACUGUAGUGAUGUAGUGUAGUGAGUAGUGAUGUAGUGUCGUGAUGUACUGUAGUGAUGUAGUGUAGUGAUGUAGUGAUGUAAUGUAGUAAUGUAGUGAUGUAGUGUAGUGAUGUAAUGUAGUUAUGUAGUGUAGUGAUUUAGUGCAGUGAUGUAGUGUAGUGAUGUAAUGUAGUUAUGUAGUGUAGUGAUUUAGUGUAGUGAUGUAAUGUAGUGAUGUAGUGUAGUGAUGUAAUGUAGUUAUGUAGUGUAGUGAUUUAGUGCAGUGAUGUAGUGCAGUGAUGUAGUGUAGUGAUGUAGUGAUGUAGUGUAGUGAUGUAAUGUAGUGAUGUAGUGUAGUAAUGUAGUGAUGUAGUGUAGUGAUGUAAUGUAGUUAUGUAGUGUAGUGAUUUAGUGCAGUGAUGUAGUGUAGUGAUGUAAUGUAGUUAUGUAUUUGUAUUUGGAUUUAGUGUAGUGCAUGUAUUGAUGUAGUAAUGUAGUGAUGUAAUGUAGUGUAGUGAUGUAAUGUAGUGUAGUGAUGUAAUGUAGUGUAGUGAUGUAAUGUAGUGAUUGUAGUGAUGUAAUGUAGUGAUGUAAUGUAGUGAUGUAAUGUAGUAAUGUAAUUUAGUACUGUAUGUAGUGAUGUAUUGUGUGUGAUGUAGUGUGUGAUGUGUGUGUUGUUUGAUGUUUGAUUAGUGUGAGUGUGUAUGUGUGUAGGUAUGUAGUGAUGUAGUGUAGUGUGUAGUUGUUGUAGUGUUGUGAUGUCUUGAUAUAGAUGGUUAGUAAGUGUGUAUGUAGUGGUGUAUGUAGAUGUAGUGAUGUAUGAUAUGUGUGUCGUGUUGUUGUAGUGAUGUGUUGUGAGUGUGUGUGAUGUAGUUGUAUCUAUAGUGAUGUAGUGAGUGUAGUUAGUGAUGUAAUGUAGUGUUAGUGUGAUGUAGUGUAGUGUGUAAUGUAGAGAUGUAUCUUGUUAGUGUUGUAAUGUAGUGAUAUUGUGUAGUGAUGUAGUGUCAUGAUGUAGUGUCGUGAUGUAGUGUCGUGAAGUGAUGUCUUGAUAUAUUGAUGUAGGUAGUGUCGUGAUGUAGUGUCAUGAUGUAGUGUAUGAUUGUUUAGUGAUGUACUUAGUGAUGUAGUGUAGUGAUGUUAGUGGAUGUACUUGGCAGUGUAGGGAUGUAGUGUAGUGAUGUAGUGAUGUAGUGAUAUUGUGUAGUGAUGUAGUGUUGUAAUGUAGUGUUGUAGUGUAGUGAUGUAGUGAUGUACUCUGUAGUGUAGUGAUGUAGUGUAGUGAUGUAGUGAUAUUGUGUAGUGAUGUACUGUAGUGACGUAGUGUAGUGAUGUAGCAUAGUGAUGUAGUGUAGUGAUGUAGUGUAGUGGAUGUUAGUGAUUAUUGUGUAGUGAUGUACUGUAGUGAUGUAGUGUAGUGAUGUGUAGUGAUAUGUGUUAGGUUGAUGUACUGUAGUGAUGUGUAGUAGUGACGUAGUGAUGUAGUGUCGUGAUGUAGUGUCGUGAUGUAGUGAUGUAGUGAUAUUGUGUAGUGAUGUACUGUAGUGAUGUAGUGUAGUGAUGUAGUUUGUAGUGAUGUAGUGAUAUUGUGUAGUGAUGUACUGUAGUGAUGUAGUGUAGUGAUGUAGUGAUAUUGUUUAGUGAUGUACUGUAGUGAUGUAGUGUAGUGACGUAGUGAUGUAGUGUCGUGAUGUAGUGUCGUGAUGUACUGUAGUGAUGUAGUGUAGUGACGUAGUGAUGUAGUGUCGUGAUGUAGUGAUGUACUCUGUAGUGUAGUGUCGUGAUGUAGUGAUGUAGUGUAGUGAUGUAGUGUCGUGAUGUAGUGAUAUUGUGUAGUGAUGUACUGUAGUGAUGUAGUGUAGUGAUGUAGUGUAGUGAUGUAGUGAUAUUGUGUAGUGAUGUACUGUAGUGAUGUAGUGUAGUGAUGUAGUGUAGUGAUGUAGUGAUAUUGUGUAGUGAUGUACUGUAGUGAUGUAGUGUAGUGACGUAGUGAUGUAGUGUCGUGAUGUAGUGUCGUGAUGUAGUGUAGUGAUGUAGUGUAGUGAAGUGAUGUCUUGAUAUGGUGAUGUACUGUAGUGAUGUAGUGUAGUGAUGUAGUGUAGUGAUGUAGUGAUAUUGUGUAGUGAUGUAGUAGUAGUGAGUUGUAGCAUAGUGAUGUAGUGUAGUGAUGUAAUGAUGUACUCUGUAGUGUAGUGAUGUAGUGUAGUGAUGUAGUGAUAUUGUGUAGUGAUGUACUGUAGUGAUGUAGUGUAGUGACGUAGUGAUGUAGUGUCGUGGUGUAGUGAUGUACAGUAGUGAAGUGAUGUCUUGAUAUGGUGAUGUAGUGUAGUGAUGUAGCAUAGUGAUGUAGCAUAGUGAUGUAGCAUAGUGAUGUAGUGUAAUGAUGUAGUGAUAUUGUGUAGUGAUGUAAUGUAGUGUCGUGAUGUAGUGUCAUGAUGUAGUGAUGUAGUGUCGUGAUGUAGUGAUGUAAUGCAACAGGAUGUCUCAAUGCAUUAUGAUAAGGAUUAUUUAUGUGUAGAACAUUAUGAUGUAUGGCCUUUGUAUCUUAAAGAUCUGUAUAGAGUAGCAGAAAAUAAUCUCAAAUUGUUAAUUAACAUCUUAUAUCUGUGUGUUCUCAGGUGGUGAACAUGGCGUCGUGUUGGCUUGUCUGUGUCCUGGCAGUGUGGACCUCUGUGUUGGGUCUGGCCCAGUGUUGUCCAGAGACCUGUAGCUGUCUGGAUAAAUAUGCCCACCACGUCGCUGACUGUGCCUACAAAGACCUGCUGUUAGUUCCCGUAGGCCUCCCCUCCAACGUCACCACCCUCUCUCUCUCCGCCAACAAGAUCAAACUCCUGAAGGCCAAGAGCUUUAUUAAUGUCACCCAGGUGUGUAUGUGUGUGAAAAUGUUGGUAGAGCAUGGUUCUUGCAACACCAAGGAUUGUGGGUUUGAUUCCCAUUGGGGCCAGCCAUAUGACAAACGUAUGAAUGCAUGACUGUAAGUCACUGUCUGCUAAAUGGCAUAUAUUAUAUUAUUAUAUUACAUGGGAUGGGCUGGGUACAGCAAAAUACACAUUAAUAAAGUAUUCUUCUUCAGGUGACCUCCCUAUGGCUGGCCCACAAUGAGAUCGUGACCAUGGAGAAGGACACCUUGGCCCUGCUGAUCCAGCUCCGCAACCUGGACCUCAGCUACAACAAGAUAAUCAACUUCCCCUGGGAGGACCUGGCCGACCUCACCGCCCUUCAGCUGCUCAAGAUGAACAACAACGAGAUGAUCAACCUCCCUAAAGACGCCUUCUCCACCCUCAAAGACCUGAGGUCCCUGAGGAUCAACAACAACAGGUUCACCACUAUAGUCCAGGGGACCUUCAGCUCUCUGAGCUCCAUGUCUCACCUGCAGAUCUACAACAACCCAUUCACCUGCUCCUGCAGUCUGGAGUGGCUGAAAGACUGGAUCACAGAGUCUAAGAUCUCUGUCCCAGAGCAGGACUCUAUCGUCUGUGAGGCCCCAGAGCAUCUGAAAGGGGCCCUGGUGACCAAGAUGCCCAAGCUGGACUGCAAGGCCCCAACGGUGUCCAUCACCUACCAGCCCAACCUGGACAACACUGAGCUAUACGAGGGCUUUAUGGUGAUUCUCAAUUGUGAGACCAAGGGCAACCCCAAACCAGAGGUCAGCUGGGAGGUGGUGAAUGCAGGGAACCAGAAGUUCACAUUCAGUUUGCCCUCUGUUGUCAGCGCGAAGAGCGACUCGCCCAUCAACGAUAAAACCACCAACGGCCGGUUCCUGGUCUUCCAGAACGGCACCAUGAUCAUCCCCCGUAUGAGCAAGAAGGAGGAUGGGAACUACAGCUGCUCAGCUGUCAACGACCUCGGUAAAGCAGACAGCACAGUGAAGGUAGUAGUGGCGGGCAGCAAAAAACAGGCCAUUAACUCCAUGCUGGACUCCACAGCAGAUAAGAUCCUCCGUCCGUCUGGUGGAAACAAGCCGGGGCUUAAGAUGACCAGCAACGUCAUCAACUGGCCCAAGUCCAACUCUGAGAAGACCAAGACCGUUCCAACUGGGUCGUCUGGUAAACACGGCGAUGGGGCUCAGCGCAGGCUGGCGAGGGCUCAGAGGAGCUACCGUUUGCCAGUAAGUGUGGCAUCAGCGAUGGCACUCAGUACAUCUCCAACCACGCAUUCAACCUCAGUCUGGACCAGCUGAAGCAGUACACCUUUGAUUUCGGCGUCAUUGCGUUGGAAGUGUCCGAGACCGAGGCCAAAGUGCAGCUGAAUCCCCUCCAGCUCCCCAACAGUAAGAACAACCUCCACCUCAGCCACAAUGAGAACCUAGAGACCGUCAACAAAGAGCCGUUCAGCCUCUAUCAAGCCUGGACCCAAACAGCCCCUCUGGACGUGCUCUAUCUGUGUUUUAAUACUGGUAACGGACACUCUGUGGUGCAGUGGUCCCGGAUAGAGGAAGGAAUCAACGCCUACAAGUUCCAGGGCCUACAACCAGGCACUAACUACACCCUGUGUCUGACCUAUGGAGGUCAGGACUGUCAGGUCCAGGUAGUCUUCACAACCAGGAAGAAGAUUCCUUCUCUGCUAAUCAUAGUGGUGGUUAGUACCUUCCUGUUGGCGCUGGCUACAGUCCCUCUGCUGGGUGCCACCUGCUGUCAUCUCUUAUACAAGUACCAGGGAAAAACUUACGAACUGAUCAUGAAGGCAGCGCAGAAGAACCCAGAUCAAAUGGAGAAACAGAUGGUCGGAGGUGAUUUCGACCCCCGGGAGUCGUUUGUUGAGUCAGAGAAUAAUUUUAACCCAAGUGAGAUGGGAGAAGGAGAGGGGGAAGAGGGAGAGGACGGGGAGGAGGGGAGUGUGGUUACCGAGUCUAUCCUGGGUUCUACAUCAAAAUUUGAGGCGGGUUCGGAGUACAGCGAUAGAUUACCAUUGGGCGCCGAGGCAGUGAAUAUCUCGGAGGAUGGAAACGGUAACUACAAAGAGCCGAGUCGCUGA